AUGUUGCCUCCUCUCCUACUUCUCAUCGGCCACACUCACUUGCUCGAGUUUGAGCCGUCGACGGGGUAUGACUACCUUGACAUCCAGCCAUCAGGCAAUGACAUGCGAUACGAACACAACGUCAAUGCUCCUCUGUCGACGAUCGAAGGCCCUCCACAGCAGCCGACGGCGCUCUUAAAUCUGUUCAAUCCACCUAUAACCACCACCACUCCGUACUCCACUGACAGCGGCUUCUACCACACUGCUGCCUCUCACGUCUUUCCCAGCCUGGAUGUCAGGCCGCGCCUGGGCUCAAACACCUCUUCGACGGGCAUGCACCGCUCCACAGCAUUACCCCAUCCUGGCACACAAAUCAGUGUGAGAGACCAGUAUACUUCCGCGACACCAUCUUUCAGGAGGGUCUCGGAACACCAACCCAGAUCUCCAUCUUACCCAACCGCUUUACGCCGCCAUCCCAUAUCUCCAACUUCAAGCCCGAUUGCCGGUUUCACCGCACCGACUGCCUUGAGGAUGGAUGCCGCUGGCCAUUAUCCUCCGUCCUCUUCCAGGACACCCAUGAGCGUGCCUCCGCUCAGCCCCAUCACGCCCUUGGGCAUCCUCCAAUAUUCCGAUGGAGGAGUCGUCAAGAUCGACAUACAUGGUAACAUCGACAAAGGCUUCUUCCAGUCCGACGGCGACUGGACUUGCUACAGAAGGAACUACUUCUCCUGUAUUUGCUCCUUCAGUCUGACCCCCCACUAUCCCGGCCAGCCGCUGCAAUUCACUCUGUCCGGGUCCACGCAGCCUUACAACGUCAUCGGCUUCGCAAUGUCUAUCUCGGCUGUCGUUGCAGAGAACGACUCCCACGUAAUCGAACUGGUCCAGCACACGCCUAAGAGAGACAAGGGCCCAAUCGCGAAGCCCGAGAAAGUGCGCCUUCAUCCCAAGUACCCUCACCAAGCGCAUCCCCUCGGGCUAUACCCUCACGACACCAGCCUCGGAGGGCCAUCCAGAAUCGGCGGCGGCUUCGCAGACGGCGGAAGUUUCCCAGGUGCCCAGCAGGGGGGCGACUCAUUCCAAACGGAGCACACCUUUGAGCGCAUCCAGUUCAAGCAGGCGACUGCUAACAACGGGAAGAGGAGAGCUGCUCAACAGUAUUACCAUCUGCUGAUUGAACUUUGGGCGGAUGUAGGCCAGGGACCUGAUAACCUCGUCAGGGUCGCGUACCGAAAGUCGGCCAAGAUGAUUGUGCGUGGUCGUUCACCAGGACACUAUCAGGCCGAAAGGCGCGCCAGCACAAGCAGCGGGCCAGGUGGAUCGGGCGGCAGCAUAUCCGGCUACCCGAACAACACAAUUCUCGGAUCGGAAUACUCUGGAGGAGGGGCGGGAAUGGCAAAUUGCUACGGAGGAGGCUACGACACACGCGGUAGUCAGUACGGAGCACGCCACCAUACCGAACUCGAACCUAUGAUCCCUCCCGAGGACGCCAAAGCCAUCGAUACAGCCAAGGAGUACCGUUACUACCCCGGUGCUAUCUACGAGCCGCCCGAGUCGGCAGGAGGAGUGGAAAUGUUCCAAAGCCACCAAAGUCGGCAGGAUCACAUGCCGCACCUGGCUUCGCAAUACGAUCCACUUCAUGACAGGGUCAAGCGUGAUCCCGAGAAUGGAAUGCUGCCAAGCAUCUUCCAACCCGGACCACUCAUGUCGAAUCAACGCUGCGGUCCGUACGAGGGCAAACCUACAUCAACAGGCUACUACCCGACAAUGGUUCCCCAGUCUGGAGUCAACCUCACCAACAUGACUUGA